AUGGCUGAAAAUGAAAAAUGCGAAGACGACGCCGACGACCACACAAUUUCUUGGCCGCCGCUUCAGCUCCACAAUUCGGUUAAGAAGCGAGAACCGGAGGAGAAAGAAGCUGAUGAUGGUGAUGACGAGGAUGGAGAAGAACAGGAGGAGCUGCAGGUGAAGAGGGGAAAAUUCGGAAUAGCGAAAAUUUCACAGUUUCAGUUUGAUCACACUGGACCGUUUGAGCCUCUUGUCCUUUCUUCAGGUGGAGAAGUUCCAGUCAUUCAGGUUCCAGCAUCUAUAAAUUGUAGACUACUUGAGCAUCAAAGAGAGGGAGUGAGAUUUCUGUAUGGUUUGUAUAAAAACAAUCAUGGUGGUAUCCUUGGAGAUGACAUGGGUCUUGGAAAGACCAUUCAAGCAAUAGCAUUUCUUGCUGCUAUCUUUGGUAAGGAAAGAGACUCUAUGCUGGGUGAAAAUGACGAAGAGAAGAGAGACCCUGUAUUGAUAAUCUGUCCGACUUCUGUCAUUCAUAACUGGGAGAGUGAGUUCUCUAAAUGGGCUAAUUUCAGUGUUUCCAUUUAUCAUGGUGCAAACCGGGAUCUGAUACAUGAGAAACUAGAAGCAAAUGGAGUGGAGAUACUUAUUACAAGUUUUGACACUUACAGAAUUCACGGAAGUUCCUUGUCAGAUUUCGAAUGGGGCAUUGUAAUUGUUGACGAGGCUCACCGGCUUAAGAAUGAGAAAUCAAAACUCUAUAAAGCAUGUUUAGAAAUUAAAACCCCUAGACGUUAUGGUCUUACAGGGACCAUAAUGCAAAAUAAGAUAAUGGAGUUGUUUAAUCUCUUUGACUGGGUUGCACCUGGAUCACUUGGGACACGGGAGCACUUUCGCGAGUUCUAUGAUGAACCCCUUAAACAUGGUCAGAGGUCAUCUGCUCCUGACAAGUUUGUCCAAAUUGCUAAUAAAAGAAAACAACACCUUGUGAAUGUUCUUCAUAAAUAUUUGUUGAGAAGGACAAAGGAAGAGACAAUUGGACAUCUUAUGAUGGGGAAGGAAGAUAACAUUGUGUUCUGUGCCAUGAGUGAUUUGCAAAGACGUGUUUACAAGAGAAUGUUACAGCUUCCUGAUAUCCAAUGCCUUAUAAACAAGGACCUGCCUUGUAGUUGUGGUAGCCCACUUACACAAGUUGAAUGUUGUAAGAGGACAGUACCAAAUGGAAUUAUUUGGCCUUACCUUCACCGAGAUAACCCUGAUGGUUGUGAUUCAUGCCCUUUCUGCAUUGUCCUUCCGUGCCUUGUCAAGCUUCAACAGAUAAGCAAUCACCUUGAGCUGAUUAAGCCAAACCCCAAAGAUGACCCUGAGAAGCAAGGCAAAGAUGCAGAGUUUGCUGCUGCUGUCUUUGGCUCUGAUAUUGAUUUGGUUGGCGGAAAUAUGCAGAGUGAGAGUUUCAUGGAUCUAAGUGAUGUGAAACAUUGUGGAAAAAUGCGAGCACUUGAAAAGCUUCUGUACUCAUGGAUUUCACAUGGUGACAAAGUUCUUUUGUUUAGCUAUUCGGUGAGGAUGCUUGACAUACUGGAGAAAUUUCUCAUACGGAAAGGCUACUGCUUCUCAAGACUUGAUGGGUCUACUCCAACAAAUUUGCGCCAGUCUUUAGUUGAUGAUUUCAACUCUAGUCCUAGCAAACAAGUAUUUUUGAUAUCAACUCGUGCCGGUGGGCUUGGGUUAAACCUUGUCAGUGCAAACCGGGUUGUAAUAUUUGAUCCCAACUGGAAUCCUGCACAAGACUUACAGGCUCAGGACAGGUCCUUUCGUUUUGGGCAGAAGCGACAUGUUCUGGUGUUCCGUCUUCUUGCAGCUGGUUCGCUUGAAGAACUUGUUUAUUCUCGUCAGGUGUAUAAGCAGCAGCUUUCAAACAUUGCUGUCUCAGGAAAGAUGGAAAAACGAUAUUUUGAAGGUGUCCAGGACUGCAAAGAAUUUCAAGGGGAGCUUUUUGGAAUUUGCAAUUUAUUUCGCGAUUUAUCUGACAAGCUAUUUACUAGUGAAAUCAUUAAACUGCAUGAAAUGGGAAAGGAACAUCACAAUACAAUAGAACAGGAAAAAGAAAAUCUUUUAGAAGAAACUGAUUCUCUAAAAUCGGCUUCUGACACUGAAAUAUGUGCUGGAACUGCAAGCAACGUAGCAAGUAAACCAGAUUUUGAAGACCUUGGAAUUGUGUAUGCUCAUCGAAAUGAAGACAUUGUCAACUGUGGACCUGUGAUUCAGGGGAAGAUAGAUAGCAGGAUCCCUUCAAAGAGUGAUAGCUUAGUCAAGGCAAGCAUCUCUUCAGUCAACCAAAGAAAUAAACCAGAUUGUGUACCUAAAAAACAGAAAGCUCCUUUGAUUGAUGAAAGGAAGAGAACCCAAUAUAGCUUGCUUGCACAUUCUAUGGGCAUGGAAGAGCUUGCAUUUAGCAAAUGGUUACUAUCAGCAACUCCUAAGGAGAGGGAGGAAGUGCUUCAAGACUUCAAGAAGAAAAAGAAGAUGCCUAAUGGUUAAAAGGAAUGGUUCAUGUAGAUGGCAAAACAAAUGGUUAUGUUGCUACGAUUACAAUAUAAAAAACAUUACUGAUUGUAACAUUAUGUACAGAUGGCAAAUAUAGCAUACCACCCUUUUUUUAGUAGUUUACCAUUUUCACAAAGUGAAUAUGAAAAAUGUAUCUUGUUCCAAAGGUUGUAGCUUUUGUGUAUGAUGAACUUUAAUUGUUACUUCAGGCUUAGGUUUCCUUUUC